AGUUUUUGAUUUUUUCUCUACCCCAGAUUUCCCGGCUGUGCGCGAUGGUUGCCAGCAUAUCGAAGAAAAGUGGCAAGUCGCCUCUCUCCAAAAGAUCCGCACUGAAAACACCACUAAAGGGUAAAGAUGAUAGAGCAGCUAGGAUGAAAGCUGCCAGAGAUGCUUAUAGCAAGUUAUCCCUGGAGAGGGCGAAGCAUAGCGAUAGUAGCCACAAACCGGAACCUAGCGCCAAAGCAUUUGGACCAUCUCGUACUGCCACUACAACUAACGAAAAUAACAUUCGCAAUCGGAAUGUUCCUCCAAGUCCAUCACGUACAUUCAAGCCUAUGGCUUCAUCACUGGAUAUGAUACGCAACAACCGCGUCCGCAUCCCUACUGUUGGUCGUGCAAGCUCAAUAGCUGGGGCGAGAUCUUUGGGCCCGCGGCCCAGUUUGUUACCUUUGGGCAUCAAUGUUUUUGAAAGUAACGUCAGUGUGACAGAUCAACAAAAGGUUCGCGAAUUCUUGGAGAACGUGGCUCAUACAGGGAAAACACCAAAAAAGCCACUGCGUUCACUUGAUCUCAAUGAGCCAUUACAAAGCUCUUCUCGCGGUCGAACUGUACGUUUCAUAGAAGCUACUAUUAGUGAACAGAGGGAGUCAGGAAGCGAUGAGUUAAUCGAGGAGUCGUCGAAUCGCCCAGCCACCUCAGUCCCAGAACAAUCAACCGCUUCCAGUGUUACAGUACCUACACCGCAGUCUAUACUGAAGAAAAAAGCCAAGAGCCCGGUAUUCCGUCGGCCGCCGUCUCCUAAAGCAACGUUACACGAACCUACAGCUACGCCCACGCUGCGCAGAAGAAGCUUACGCACUUCUGCUUCUGCUCUUGUUCCAGAUCCUCCUCGCCUUCAGCUUUCAUUUGCCUCUUCAACUGACAGUGAGGAGUCAUCGGCGUGUGUCAGAAACAAAGGAGGCAGUGGUGAUCAGCAGUCUGACUUUGCCAGAUCUUACACGUUGCUGUUUAAUAUGAAAGAUGAGGAGUGGAGAAAUGUGGAACCAAUAAUGCUUACGGAGUUAAUCGAACACUUACAGAAUAAAAAAGAAAUGGUCGAUAAGAAUGCCUUUCUCCAGCCAGAUGACUCAUCAUGCUCAUUAUUGUCCCUGCCUGAAGGCCCCACGCCAUGUAAACCGCGAAAAGUUGGUUUCCGGCGUGUGUCAAGCAAAACAUCAUCUAACACUGAGCUGCAAGCCAACCAGGAAGUCAUGUUGAUCAAUGAAUCUGGCCAGCAGAGAGUGUCAUAUGAAGAAGAAAUCAUUGCAUUACCGCGGCAGCUACGCCAAAGAAACCCAGUCUCCAAAACACUGGGUGGAGAUUCUCCGUUCUAUCCGAUCCGUGGUUCGCCGUCCUUAUAAGCUGCCAAGCCUUAUCCAUCCCGGUGAAGUUUUAUUCUGGAAUGUCACUUGUACUCGUUACCACAUUAUUAUACUUACAAUUAGAGUUGCCUUUUUGAUCUCUGCCUCCAAAUACAACAAAAUUCCUUGACUGACUUGAUAUAUCUAAUCCAAUGACUUUCAAGUUUUUUCUCUGUUCAACCCUAGUCUCACUUUGAACUGUUGCAUAUAAACUUUUUUGCGUCCGCCUACUUAUGACAUAUCACCAUAUGACCUCCUAUAUCUAUGUUUUCAUUCGUUUUUAUCCAUUUUCGGUAUUGUUCACCAUUUAAUUAUAGCUGUACCAAAACUGGUGUCUUGCGAAGUUGUGCCUGUCAAUGAAAUAUG